GUGUCUCUCCUCCUCUUUCCGUCUCUCCUUAUUCUUCAGCUCAUCAGCAAAGAGAGACACAAGAGAUACGAUAAUGACGACCACCUACGAUUUCGAAGACACACCAUCGAACUACGACGAUGUCCAGCGUCAGGGCGGCCAAGACGCCGUCUACGACCCAAACUUCGUUCCAGAUUCAGUCAAAUCCUUCGUGGUUCACAUUUACAGACACAUCAGGGAGAAGAACGUCUACGAGAUCCACCAGAUGUGCGAGGCAUCUUUCCAGACCCUGUCCGAACGUCUCUUCAAGGACACGCCUUGGCCUUCCGUCGAAGCCAUAGCUCCUUAUGUGGACAAUGACCAUGUCUUUUGCCUUCUUUACCGUGAGAUGUGGUUCCGACACUUGUACGCGAGGCUGUCUCCUACGUUGAAGCAGAGGAUUGAUUCCUAUGAUAACUAUUGCAGCCUCUUUCAGGUGGUGUUGCACGGUGUAGUGAAUAUGCAACUACCGAACCAGUGGUUGUGGGAUAUGGUUGAUGAGUUUGUUUACCAGUUCCAGAGUUUCUGUCAGUACAGAGCCAAGAUGAAGAACAAGACAGAGCAAGAGAUUGCAUUGCUGAAACAGAAUGACAAGGCAUGGAAUGUGUAUGGUGUGCUCAACUUCUUGCAAGCGCUUGUGGAGAAGUCCACCAUCAUCCAGAUUCUGGAGCAGGAGAAGGAAGGGCUUGAGCAGUUCACUGCUACUGACGGGUACGAUUACAGUGGUGGAAGCAACGUGUUGAAGGUCCUUGGUUACUUCAGCAUGGUUGGUUUGUUGCGUGUUCAUUGCCUCCUGGGUGAUUACCAUACCGGUCUCAAGUGGUUGCAGCCCAUUGAUAUUACUCAGCAAGGUGUUUACACCAGUGUCAUUGGUUGCCAUAUUGCAACUAUCUAUCACUAUGGAUUCGCCAACCUUAUGCUGCGAAGGUAUGUUGAUGCGGUUCGUGAGUUCAACAAGAUUCUCCUCUACAUUUACAAGACGAAGCAGUACCAUCAAAAGUCACCUCAGUAUGAGCAGUUACUAAAGAAGAAUGAGCAGAUGUAUGCUUUGCUUGCGGUUUCGCUCUCCCUCUGCCCUCAGACAAAGCUUGUUGACGAGUCUGUCAACUCUCAGUUGCGUGAGAAGUAUGGUGAAAAGAUGAUGAGGAUGCAGAGGUACGACGAUGAAGCGUUUGGUAUCUAUGACGAGCUCUUCUCUUACGCAUGCCCCAAGUUCAUCACCCCUUCUGCACCAAGUUUUGAGGAGCCUCUUGUCAAUUACAAUCAGGAUGCAUACAGGCUUCAGUUGAAGAUGUUCCUUUAUGAGGUGAAGCAGCAGCAGCUCUUGUCAGGUGUGAGGACGUUCCUAAAAGUUUACUCCUCCAUUUCUAUUGCUAAGCUUGCAAACUACAUGGAAGUUGAUGAACCAACUCUAAGGACCAUAUUGUUAACAUACAAGCACAAGACUCAUUCAGUUGGUUCUGAUGGGAAGAUCAUCUCCAAUGCAGACAUUGAUUUCUACAUCAACAAUGAUAUGAUCUACGUUGUGGAAUCAAAACCUGCAAAGCGUUAUGGUGAUUUCUUCUUGCGGCAGAUUGCUAAGCUUGAAGGUGUGAUAAACGACAUGGACCGCAUCAAGCUGGAAUGAGGAAUUGUCUGUGUUACCUUCAGCACUCUUUAUUUAGUGAAAUGGUGUUUUGGUGUUAUCGUUAUCUUUUUAUGAAAAACUUUUUUUUUUUUUUCCCUUGAGUUCACUGUAAGAACAUCUAUUGCUUACUAGGAUUUGGACCUUCUUUGGAAUAACUUCACAAGCAAGAUCUUCUUUGAUACAACUCAUUCCUUUUAUAAGAUGUUAC